GUCAGUUCGACAGUUCUUGACACUUAGCAAUUUUUCGGCGAAAACAUAUAAAAAUGCACGGUUUUCCAUCAAGUAACGUGUGUUCCAGACGAUUGCCGAAACUGGUGAAGCAGAAGAUAAAUCAAAGCAGAUGCUUUUGUCGAGGUGUUAAUAUAUUACAGUCUUCGGCGAUGGAUAAGGGCAUGUACCUCAAUCUUGGGCUUAUACUUGGACAAUUGUGAGUGCCAGUGCCAUGUGUGAAAUAUGUCUAAUAAGUGCUUAAAUUACCGGGAGCGUAUAAAUGUACCAGCAUC